GUUCAACAUUGGCAUGGAACCAGCCAUGGCUGCAGCAGCGACAAGAGAUCCCGAGGUGCGCGCUUCGGAGCAAGACACCUUCGGCUUUCCACAUCUGCCGUACCAGUGCCAGAUGCAGUUCAUGGCAUGCGUCUACGAGACUUUGGACUUGGGCGGCAUUGGCAUCCUAGAAAGCCCCACCGGCACUGGCAAGACAUUGUCCCUACUGUGCCCCAGCCUGGCCUGGCUGCGACGUCGGGAGCUCUCCAUUCUCGCAGAGGAGCUUACGCCAGCGGAUCAGGAGAGCGACCUCUGGGCGCAGCACAUCCGCACGCAGGCGCAGUUGAGCGCAGAGCGGGUCUGGGAGCGCCGGCGUGAGUGGCGGGAGCAGCGGAAGAGCAGAGCACGGCGCUCGGUGGCUUUGGUGGCGUCUGACUGCUGCUGCCAGCUUCGCCACCAGCAAGGUGGACCUUCUCAGGCGCUUCAUGCCGGCCUCCUUGCUCAGGCGCUAACUUCCAGUGGGACUCAGCAGCAAUCGAAGCGGCGCCACGUGCAGCCUCCGGUCGCGGAGAGCCAGGAAAACUUAUCCCUGGAGGCGCUCUACUUGGAGCCUCCAGUGACGAGGACUCAGCAGCAUUCGGAGGAGGCUUUCCAGCAGAAGUUGCAGAUCAUUUUCUGCAGCCGCACUCACUCGCAGCUGGCCCAGGUGCUGCGGGAGAUUAAAACCAGCCAAGAGGUGCCCGAGAACUUGGCCGUGGUGACGCUGGGAGCUCGCCAGUCCCUCUGCGUGCACGCGCUGAAAAGCCGCGCCAAGGGCGGGCAGCACCUCAACGACCUUUGCCGCCUCGCAACUGAGCGCCGCGCUGGCCUCGUCUGCGAUCUGAAGAAGUCCGCCGAGGCCAUGGCAGACGUGUUCCUCUCGCAGAUGAUGGACAUCGAGGCCAUGGCUGAGCGCGGUCGAGCUCCCGUGGGCGGCGGUUGCCCAUACUACGGAAGCCGGCGAGCCCUGCAGGAGGCGGAUGUGGUGCUGGUGCCCUACGCCUCGCUGGUCAGUGCAGAGACCAGACGCAAGCUGGGCCUCCGCACCGAGGGGAACGUGCUCAUCUUCGACGAGGCGCACAACCUGCUGGAGGCCAUUGGCGAGUCCAACUCGGUCACAGUGACUUUGCAGCAGGCCAAGUGCUCGGUGGAGGAUCUGGAGGCUUAUGGCCAGCACUAUGAGGCCCGACUCUCCCCCAAGAACGCCCUGCAGCUGCGGCAGCUGCGCCAGCUCUCCCUGCAGCUGCACAGGUACAUGGGCGCUUUGGAGAAGCCUUGCGCCCUGACUGUGGGCGCCUUCUUGGUGGCGCUGGGCGCCGACCACUUCGACCUGCCGUCGCUGGCGGACUUUUUGCUCCACACCGAGCUCCCGCGCAAGGUACGGCACUUUGCGGAGAGGUUCGCCUUAAAGCCUGGCACUUCGUCCUCCGUGUAUGCCAUCAGCGAUUUGCUGAAGGCGCUCCAGUUCAGCAGCACAGAGGAUCGUAUCAUUUGCGAGCCAGGUACAGAGGCUUCGCUGAGGUACCUCAGCUUGGAUGCGGAGGCACGCUUUCGGGAGAUCCUGGUGGCCGCUCGCGCGGUGCUGUUCGCCGGCGGCACCUUGGAGGCGCGCGAGCUGCCGGUGGACGUCACGCGACCUCUGCGCAGCUUCAGCGGGCCCCACGUUGUGCCGUCCAGUCACAUCUUGGUGCGUUACGUGACACACGCCGGAACGCAGCCCCUGGAUUUCAGGAAGGACCAGCGAAGCUGUGACCAGACCUUGGCGCAGCUGCGGCUCAUCCUGACGAAAGCGGCGAGCGCCACCCACGGCGGCGCCGUCUUUUUCUUCCCCUCGUACGAGUACUUGUCGGUGAUCGCCCAAACACUCGACGGAUCGCGCCUCGCAGGCCGGCGUCUCUUCAUGGAGCAGAACCGGCGAGGCGGACAGAGCGGAGGUGUCAAGAAUGACGCGGCCACGACCCUCCAGAGCUUUGCCAGCGCUGUGCGGGAGGACGGCUCUGCGGUGCUCUUCGCGGUGAGCGGCGCUUCUCUCAGCGAGGGCAUCGACUUCAAGGAUGAUCUUUGCCGCUUGGUGGCUGUGAUCGGACUGCCCUACCCCAAUGCCUCGGAUUUGGCCAUGCUGGAGAAGAUGCGCUUCCUGGACGCAUGCGCCAAGCGGGAACAAGGUUCUCUUACUGGGCGAGACUACUACACUGGCAAGUGCAUGAAGGCUGUGAACCAGUGCGUGGGCCGGAGCAUCCGGCAUGCCAAGGACUGGUCUGCCAUCCUGCUGCUGGACCACCGCUAUGGCCAGCCGCAGAUCCAGCAAAAGAUCGCCGGAUGGCUGCGCACGGAGGCCACAGCUGGGACCUUUGAAACCGCCAUGUGCGAGCUGAAGCGCUUCAUGGACAGCUCAUGUCCUUCCUCACAGUGAAGAGCUCAAGCACAGGGGCCAAGGAACCACCAACGUCCACUGGCGCAACGGCACGUGCUCCAUUACACAUCACUCCAAGAACUCACUUCCUGAGUUCAUG